GGUGCUGCACAAGCAGCCUCCGCUGCUCCUCUCCUCCGGGCUCGGCUCCUGGGGAUAACAAGGCACACCAUGUCCAGCCUGCUCCAUGUCCCUCCACCCCAGGGGCUGCUCCGACCCCUGGCUGUGCCAGAGAGGCUGCUGCUUGGGCCAGGGCCCAGCAACGUUCCCACCCGCGUCCUGGCAGCGAGUGGCCGGCAGCUCCUGGGCCACAUGCACCCCGAGGUGCUACAGGUGAUGGAUGAGAUCAAGGCAGGGAUCCAGUACGCCUUCCAGACGUGGAACCAGCUCACCCUGGCCAUCAGCGGCACCGGCCACUGCGCCAUGGAGGCUGCUCUCCUCAACCUGCUGGAGCACGGGGACAGCGCCCUGGUGGCCGUCAACGGCAUCUGGGGACAACGGGCUGCCGAGAUUGGCAGGAGGCUGGGAGCUGAUGUUCAUGAGCUGCUGAAGCCCCCGGGUGAGUACUUCACUCCAGAGGACAUUGAGGAGGGCCUGGCACAGCACAAGCCCUUGGUGCUCUUCAUCACCCAUGGCGAGUCCUCCACAGGGGUGCUGCAGCCACUGGAGGGGCUGGGCCAGCUGUGCCACCGGUAUGGCUGCCUGCUGCUUGUGGACGCAGUGGCAUCCCUUGGGGGAGCCCCCAUCUUCAUGGACCAGCAGGAGAUCGACGUCCUGUACACAGGGUCUCAGAAGGUCCUCAACGUGCCCCCUGGCAGUGCUCCCAUCUCCUUCAGCCAGCGAGCCAGGGAGAAGAUGCUGAGGAGGAAGAUGAAGCCCCAGUCCUUCUACCUGGACAUGGCCUGGCUAGCAAACUACUGGGGCUGUGAUGGGGAGCCACGAAGGUACCAUCACACGGCACCAAUCAACAGCCUCUUCAGCCUGCGGGAAGGCUUGUCCCUGCUGGCCGAGAUGGGUCUGGAGAGGUCAUGGGAGCGGCACCAAGAACACUGUGCCCAGCUGUGCCAGGGGCUGCGUGACCUGGGUCUUGAGCUCUUUGUGAAGGAGGAGAAGGCAAGACUUCCCACCAUUACCACUGUCAAGGUGCCUGAGGGCUAUGACUGGAAGGAGAUCACAGCCUUUCUCAUGGACACCUGUGCCAUCGAGAUUGCUGGGGGCCUGGGCCCCACAGCGGGCAAGGUCCUGCGCAUCGGCCUCAUGGGCUGCAACUCGACCAGGAGCAACGUGGAGCGUGUGCUGGGUGCCCUGCGGGAGGCCCUGGGGCGCUGCCACCGCAGCAGGAUGUGA